AUGUCUGAGACUAUCAAGCCUGUCAAAAUCCCCGGCAUUGCCUGGGAAAUCGCCGCCGACAUUCACCUCCCACCCAACUUCGACGAGAACAAAAAAUACCCAGCCGUCCUCUCCGCCCACCCAAUCGGCUCCUGCAAAGAACAAACCUCCGGAAACAUCUACGGCAAAGCAAUGGCCUCAGCCGGCUUCGUCGUAGUCGCCUUUGACGCAUCCUUCCAGGGAGCUUCAGGCGGUACUCCCCGCUUCGUCGAGAACCCCGAAUUCCGCGUCUCGGAUUUCCGCUACGUAACCGACUAUAUUCAAACACUUCCCUACGUUGACCCCGAGCGCAUCGGAGUCCUAGGAAUCUGCGGCGGCGGAGGCUACGCAUUCAACGCCACAAUGACAGACUACAGACUCAAAUGCUGUGUCGGUAUUACCCCUGCGAAUUUCGGCCGGCUUGUUCGGGAAUCGUUUGGUGGUUUCGAUCCUGCCGGCGCAUUGGAGAAGAUGGCUAACCAGCGCACUCUUGAGGCGAGGGGUGCUGAGCGCUAUAUUCUUCCUUUCUUGCCGCCGACUGUUGAGGAGGCGAAGAAGAUGACGUCUGAUCCGGACAUCGUCCAAGCGACUGAAUACUACAAGACUAGUCGGGGUCAGAAACCGGGUGGUGCUACUAGUGCGCUUUUCUCGUUUAAUAGUGCUGCUGCUUCUUGGGAUGCUUUUGCUUAUGCGGAGGUUAUCAUGACGAGACCGUUCAUUGCUGUUAUUGGGAGUAUUCCGGGUGGGUUUGGUGCUUAUCGGGAUGGUCAUGAGAUAUAUGGGAGGGCUGCUUCUAAGGAGAAGGAGUUGUUGGAGUUGCCUGGUGUUACGCACUAUGAGCUUUAUGAUGAGCCGAAGGCUGUUAAGGCUGCGCUUGAGAAGGUCUUGCCAUUUUUGAAGAAGCAUCUUGGUGAGGCUCAAUAG